AUGAGUUACAUACUUUUACACUACAGAUGUCGCCCAAAUGUCAAAGUAAAUAUUAAUCAAAUAAUAAUCUUUGAUCACCUGUGUUAUUUUGAAGGAACAAUUUUUAUUGUAAAAAUUGUACCUUGGACCAUGUGCAAAAGUUGUACCUUGGACCGGUCCAAGGUACAAUACACUUUUGUAUCGAUAAAAUUGCUUGUAAAUAAAUAG